GGAGGCCUCCGCCCUUACGAGGGGUCGCUACGCGCGUGCGCGUCGGGUGCGUCACGCAGUGGCGGGCUCCUCUGAAUCCGGAACGGGGACGGAGGGACCGGAGUGUGUGAGCGGAGGUACUUCCUGUUUUGAUAGGAGCAUUGACUGAUGUGCGCCAUGGCCAUGCAAUUGCAACGUGAGGAAGAUGAAAGUCUGGAAACAUCAACAGAGGAGGGACGCUUUGGUCCUCAGCCCAUUUCGCGGUUAGAGCAAUGUGGUAUUAAUGCAAAUGAUGUGAAGAAGUUAGAAGAAGCUGGAUUUCACACAGUUGAAGCUGUUGCCUAUGCACCGAAGAAGGAAUUGCUCAAUAUUAAAGGCAUAAGUGAAGCUAAAGCAGAUAAAAUCCUGGCAGAAGCAGCAAAAUUGGUACCAAUGGGAUUCACCACAGCAACAGAGUUUCAUCAGCAGAGGUCAGAGAUCAUUCAAAUCACGACUGGGUCCAAAGAACUUGAUAAGCUGCUUCAAGGAGGAAUAGAAACUGGGUCUAUUACGGAGAUGUUUGGGGAAUUCCGCACGGGAAAGACUCAGUUGUGUCUCACACUGGCAGUAACCUGCCAGCUCCCUGUUGAUCGAGGCGGUGCUGAAGGGAAGGCCAUGUACAUUGACACAGAGGGCACAUUUCGUCCAGAGCGAUUGCUUGCUGUGGCUGAGAGGUAUGGCUUAUCCGGCAGUGAUGUGCUUGAUAAUGUGGCAUAUGCACGAGGAUUUAACACAGACCAUCAGACCCAGCUUCUUUACCAAGCAUCUGCUAUGAUGACUGAAUCAAGGUAUGCUUUACUGAUAGUGGACAGUGCUACAGCCCUUUACCGGACAGAUUACUCUGGCCGUGGUGAACUGUCAGCCAGACAGAUGCAUUUGGCCAGAUUUCUACGUAUGUUGCUUCGAAUUGCAGAUGAGUUUGGUGUGGCAGUAGUAAUCACGAACCAGGUGGUAGCACAAGUAGAUGGAGCUGCAAUGUUUGCUGCAGAUCCCAAGAAACCUAUUGGAGGAAAUAUCAUUGCACAUGCUUCAACAACUAGGCUGUACUUGAGAAAAGGUCGGGGUGAAACUAGAAUAUGCAAAAUCUAUGAUUCGCCUUGCCUCCCUGAAGCAGAAGCCAUGUUUGCUAUUAAUCCUGAUGGAAUAGGAGAUGCUAAAGACUGAAGAAUACCAUAUUUCAAUUUGCAAGAAGAGAGUGAUCAAAAAGGCUCUCUUUUCCAUAUGAUCCUUCAAGAUGAUUCUUCCACCAUAGCUUUAGGCUUCAGACUGCCAGAGAAAGCUUCCAUGCACUAUACUUGGACUGACUACUCCUGUUGGUGUUGCUGCAACUAGUUGCAAAACAAACCUCAAGGACUGUUUGUCCUGCUGACCCAGAUCUGAUGUUUGUCGGCAUGAUAGAUCCCACCAUUGUUUAAUGUGGUGAGAAACAACUUAAACAUUUACAAAAUGUGUGCAAAACUUAUGGAUACAGAAAGUAUGAAACACUGAACAUUUCCUGGUUUUGGUGACUGAUGCCAAAGCAGAAUGGAACAAGUAUGUUCAGUAAAGGAGAUUUGCUUAUCCUAAAAUUCAGGCAGCUGCCAGUUCAGAUUAGAGGUUUUUUAAUAAAGGCAUUAGCAGAGAACUUGUUUGAACUGAUAGCUCUACAUCUUUAGAACUGAAACUGAAAUUAACUUUUGUAUUAUUACUUUGUUUGCACUGCUGUAAAUUGUGUUAUUUGCAUCAACACAGAAAAGCUUGGCAUCUUUCUAUGUAACAGCAUCGCUGAGAUGUGCUCUGCAUCUUUAUCUUCUGCCUGUAAAUACUUUCUAGACAAUUUGAUUUAAUUAAAGUUAAUCAUACACAUCUAGCAGUUUGGCUUU